AGCCAUCAUGGCCAAUGUGAGGCUGACUUCGCCGCAGUCUCGGGCGCAACUCAGCCUGCCGCCUCGCGUGUCUAAACGCACAUCAGUGUCGGAGCUGUCGACAGAAUUGACACUGUUCUCUAUUUGGAUGAUCUCCAGGGUUUGCCCGAUAGGCGUUGCCUGAUAGUCGACCAUAUGAAGAGCACGCGGAAUGUUCCUUCCUCCUCCAGCAGCUGAUGUGAGAUGUUCUGCUUUUGCCAUGGCACGAGGUCUCUUUCCAUGGGGGUUCUUCAGAAAGCCUCUGUACGUCCAGGCCAGAUUCUCCUACCUACACAUGAAGUACCUGUUCUUUUCCUGGCUGGCAGUGUUUGUGGGGAGCUGGAUCGUCUAUGUGGAGUACUCGUCCUACACAGAGCUUUGUCGUGGGCACGACUGCAAAAACUCAAUAUGUGACAAAUACAAAAAAGGUGUCAUCGAUGGCUCGGCCUGCAGCAGCCUGUGUGAGAAAGACACUCUUUACCUGGGGAAGUGCUACACGGCCAAGGCCAACAGCCAGGUUUACUCUGGGAUCUGGGGAGAUCUGGAGGGAGUCAUUAAGUGCCAGAUGGAGGAGGCUCCUCAGUAUGAUUUGGGGAGUGAGAUUGAGCACAGGAAGGAGGCUGCGACCUUCAACAAGCCCACCGAGGGGACGUCUGUGGAGAAGUUCAGAGAGAUGAUCCUCAGCCACUUAAAGGCUAAAGCGGGGGAUCAGGCCAACCUUGCAGACCUGGCAACCCAAGUAUUAUCUAUAACCGAUGCCAAUAAGGACGGUCACAUCUCCCUGCCUGAGGCCCGCUCCACAUGGGCUCUGCUGCAGCUCAAUGAAUUCCUGUUAGCUUUAGUCCUGCAGGACAGAGAGCACACACCCAAGUUACUGGGCUUCUGUGGAGACCUGUAUGUGAUGGAGAAGGUGCCGUAUUCUCCACUGUACGGGAUCAGUCUACCCUGGAUCAUGGAGGUGUGGAUUCCUGCCGGUCUGCGCCGCAGCAUGGACCAGUGGUUCACCCCGUCCUGGCCACACAAGGCCAAGAUCUCCAUCGGACUGCUGGAGCUGGUCGAAGACAUUUUCCAUGGCACCUUUGGCAGCUUCGUCAUGUGCGAUGUGAGCGCCAAUAGUUUUGGAUACAAUGAUCGUCAUGACCUGAAGGUGAUGGACGCACGGUACAUUGUCCCUGAAGCCACCUUCCAAGAAAUCAUCAGGCAGCAGCGCUGCGACGUGGACGAGGAUUGCCUCUAUGGGUCAGACUGCCUCACGUCUUGUGACCUCACCAAGCACCGCUGCACACCUGAGGUCACCAGGCCGAACUUAGCCAAAGCAUGCGAGGCACUGAAGGACUAUAUUCUGAGAGGCGCCCCGUCUGAUGUGAGGGAGGAGCUGGAGAAGCAGCUCUACGCGUGCAUCGCACUGAAAGGGUCAACGGAACAGAUGGAGAUCGAGCAUUCACUGAUUCUGAACAAUCUCAAGACUUUGUUAUGGAAGAAAAUCUCUCACACUAAAGACUCGUAAAGAUAUGGCAUUACACAAAGGCACAGGAAGGAUUCCUCCCCCUUAAGAGUUUGUUUUUUUAUUAUGUGGACUCUCUCCUCCGUGUGGAAACAGAAGUCAUUCCAUAUUUAUCUCAACAUGUAUAACAGUUUAUCUCGCAGGAAUGUCAUUUUCAUAUGUAAUCAUAUAAUAAGAGAGUUUUGUUUUUAAGUUUUCUUUAUAUAAUGAAGUCAAAUGAGCAAGUGCAAUUUUUGAAACGAUGAAUAAAAAACAUUUUA